CCGCCGCUCUCGCGUAGAGUCCUCGCCUUUUUUAUAUACUCAUUUAAGUAAAUAAACUAGGUUAUCGGUCGUAAACUAGCACCGCUGCUAAAAGGUAGUGAGUGAAACAGCAGUUAUUGUUCAUCGUGCUAUGCUGUUAGAGUAGUGGCUGGAACUGUAGCUAGCAUUUUAUUUCCCAUUUUAACUUUUCUAAGCGGCGUUUUCCGCCGUUUUUUUUCUUUUCGCCGCCCCGCUCACUCUACCCCCUUGUGCGUGAGUAGGGGCCUGUACGUUUGGCCACGAGGCGCGUCGGUACAGUUGGAACAGGGCGAUGGCGGAGUUCGGUAACGGACUGGCGGAGGAAUCCCUACUAGAUUCAGACCCCGGACAUCCCGAGCUGGAGGACCCGGGUGUCGGUGACGAAGAACAGGGAUUAGAAGACGGAGAGGCCGCAAUUGAAGACCCGGAGCUGGAGGCAAUCAAAGCCCGGGUUAGAGAGAUGGAGGAAGAGGCAGAGAAGCUGAAGGAGCUCCAGAACGAGGUGGAGAAACAGAUGAAUCUCAGCCCCCCACCAGUCGGUCCAGUCAUCAUGUCCAUCGAGGAAAAGAUGGAAGCGGAUGGCAGAUCUAUUUAUGUCGGAAACGUGGACUACGGCGCCACGGCAGAAGAGCUCGAAGCUCACUUUCAUGGCUGUGGUUCAGUUAACAGAGUCACCAUCCUAUGUGACAAAUACACAGGGCAUCCCAAAGGGUUUGCCUAUAUUGAGUUUGCAGACAAAGAGUCUGUUAGGACGGCUAUGGCGUUGGAUGAGUCUCUUUUCAGAGGAAGGCAGAUAAAGGUGGGCGCUAAGAGAACAAACAGACCAGGCAUCAGCACCACAGACCGCGGCUUUCCACGAGCUCGGUUCCGGUCACGGGGGGGAAGCUUUUCAUCGCGCGCACGCUACUACAGUGGCUACACGCCACCAAGAGGCAGAGGACGGGCCUUCAGGGGCCGAGGGCGAACAACAUCGUGGUAUUCCCCUUACUAAACACACCCUCCCUCCAACAUUCCCUUACUAUCAACCCUCUCCCCUCUCUUUUCCAUUUAGAGAAAACACACACACAUAGAAAAAAAUCCCGCCCCCCAUCCCCAACAAUAAAAGAAGAGAAAACCAGAAGAGAAAAAAAGACAAAAAAGGAAAAAAAAAAAAAAAACUCUUCUGGACAGAGACUGACUGGCCGCAGUGUGCGAUUGUGUGUGAGCGUGCGUGUGCGGAGGUUGAUGCAGUCCCCCCUGGUAAGGUAUCAGUUGGCCAUUGGGGAAAGAAUAUGGUGGCUGAUUUCUGUUUUUUUUGUUGAUUUUGAGGGGUGGGAAAGGAGGGGGGAGGGGCAUGUAGGAGAAGAUGGUGGUAUCUCAGGCUGCAGAUGUGUCUCCUUUGGUCUGGCUGUGACUUCCUGCUUUCACACCAUCACCAACACAGCCCACUCACCCUCCACCACCACCAAAACAAGAAAAGAAAAGAAAAAAAACGGGGGGAAACGGCAGCAAGAAGAUAUACUGUUUAUUUUUGUUUUUAAUGUACCGUACAUAUGUGAAACUUCCACUAGCCAGAGUAUUUGUUGUGUUUUUAAGUUUGUCGUGUUUGAGUAUAUCACCUCCCCAUCCCUCCCUCAACCCCCUUUGUGUUUGCCAUUCUCUGCCUCUCACCCCUACCCUCGCUGCAUUUUAUAACUCAUGCUUUUUCUCCCCCUGCCCCCACCCUACCUUCUUUGGCUCAUCACCCCAUGGAUUGUUCUCUGGCCGUGAUAGACCUUCAGUGUUCAGUGGGAUUAUACGUGCAUAGAAUCGUUUCUUUUAUUUGUUCUCGUGGGAGCCGGGUUCCUCCUGCUGCCACCUUCCUGCUGCUCUCAUACCUGUCGCCUCCAACUCAGGCAUGGCUACAGCUCGUUUUAUUCUUUUGACAGACAUCAAUGUUUUUUAUUUCGUGCCCCCCCCUCCCCACUUGUUUUUCCCUCCCGCCCUUCUGUGUUCCUUGUCUCCUGUCUCUCCUCCUUCCCCCCCCCACCCCUCCUCUCUCUGUAUAUUAGACCACUUCUUGUCAUUUCAGGUUUCAAGACCAGUGGAGGCUGACGACCCCUCCCCAGGUGGCGCAAGGCCCCCCCACUGUCUCCGCAGCGUCUCUCUCUCUAUCUGCACCCGCU